AAAAUGUUGAAAUUUCACCCUUGGAGUUGGAGCUCGCUUAGCAGUUUAAAACCCCAAAAUCAUUAGGGUUUAUCUCCCUCUUUUCCCAGCGCGCCCUAUCUCUUUAUAUCAAAUCUCACGCGGUUUCAAUUCAAGGGGAAAUAUGGGCGAAGUAAAAGACAACGAAGUCUACGAGGAAGAGCUGCUCGACUACGAGGAAGAAGAAGAGAAAGCCCCCGACUCAGCCAACGGAAAGCCUUCCGGGGAAACCGUCAAAAAGGGUUAUGUAGGGAUUCAUAGCUCGGGUUUCAGAGAUUUUUUACUGAAGCCAGAGCUUCUCCGAGCGAUUGUGGAUUCUGGGUUUGAGCAUCCAUCAGAAGUGCAACAUGAAUGUAUACCUCAAGCUAUCCUGGGGAUGGAUGUUAUUUGCCAAGCGAAGUCUGGGAUGGGAAAAACUGCUGUCUUCGUUCUCUCUACCCUACAACAGAUUGAACCUGUUUCUGGCCAAGUAGCUGCCCUUGUCCUCUGUCAUACAAGAGAACUAGCAUAUCAGAUUUGCAAUGAGUUUGAACGAUUUAGUACCUAUCUGCCUGAUCUGAAAGUUGCAGUGUUCUAUGGUGGUGUUAACAUUAAAACCCACAAGGACUUGCUGAAGAAUGAAUGCCCCCAUAUCGUUGUCGGAACACCUGGAAGGAUACUAGCUCUUGCUAGAGACAAGGAUCUUAGUUUAAAAAACGUGAGGCACUUCAUUCUUGAUGAAUGUGAUAAGAUGCUCGAGUCACUUGAUAUGAGAAGAGAUGUUCAAGAGAUUUUCAAGAUGACCCCGCAUGACAAGCAAGUGAUGAUGUUCUCAGCUACCCUGAGCAAGGAGAUUCGUCCAGUUUGCAAGAAGUUCAUGCAAGAUCCAAUGGAAAUUUAUGUGGAUGAUGAAGCAAAAUUGACUCUUCAUGGGCUUGUACAGCAUUACAUCAAGCUGACAGAUUUGGAGAAGAACCGGAAGUUAAAUGACCUUCUUGAUGCCUUGGAUUUCAACCAGGUUGUCAUUUUUGUUAAAAGUGUCAGCCGGGCAGCCGAACUAAACAAGUUGCUUGUAGAGUGCAACUUUCCAUCGAUAUGCAUACACUCUGGAAUGUCUCAGGAAGAAAGGUUAACACGCUACAAAGGUUUUAAAGAGGGUUUGAAGAGAAUCUUAGUUGCAACUGAUCUAGUUGGAAGAGGAAUUGACAUUGAGCGUGUGAACAUUGUUAUAAAUUAUGAUAUGCCAGAUUCUGCAGAUACCUACCUACACAGGGUGGGCCGAGCUGGUCGAUUUGGCACCAAAGGGCUUGCUAUUACGUUUGUAUCAUCUGCAUCAGAUUCUGAUGUUCUCAAUCAGGUUCAAGAGAGGUUUGAAGUUGAUAUAAAGGAGCUCCCUGAACAAAUUGAUACUGCUACAUACAUGCCGGCUUGAUUGCUCAAUCUUCCGAGGAGACAGAUUCACAGAAUAGUUCCGAGAGCAAUAGUUACUGGUUUGCCGUUAUCUUUUAGGAUAAUCAAGACUUAAUUGUGUAGAUUCUGUUGUAGCAUUAGCAUUGUCAGCACUUAUCGUUUUUCUGUAUCUUGGAAUUUUGCUUGGAUUUUUUCAUGAUGGAUCAAUGAUUGAAUUAAGGUAAUCAAGAUUCAAGACUUAAAUUGUGUA